AUGUCUUACGGCGGAGGACGGAGACGUUCGACGGGCGACGCGAGCAGCACCUAUCUGUUCGCUGAUUCGGGUGGUCGCGGGGCCGAGGGCCUGGCGGGCCGCGAGACAGAGGGCGAGCCCACCGCGCACGAGCUGAUCGCCUCCGACGACGACCCGCGGGCCUACCACCGCGCCCCCUACCGCCCCCACUCGGUCCUCACCGGCGACUUUGGCUGGGGCCGCCAGAAGAAGAAGGAGACCACCACCUCCUCGACCACUUCGACCACGACAAAGGUCGAGGCGGCGCAUCCGCCCAAGCCGGGGCCGUCGGACCAGAAGAAGUGA